UUAAGGUAUGAUGCACCUGCAACAAGGCGCGUUAGCGUUUCACUCCUUAAGCAGAGCUCCAGAGGUGCGUGCGACAAACUUGGGUGUUUUUCUGCUCAACUAGUUUCAUGAACUCAAGUCACAGUUCGUGUUCAGAGAGGACAGACAUCCUGGGUCCACUCCGUGCCAGCCGUGAAGAAGAUCAGAUGGACCAGGUAUCCACCCGGUCCGGAGUGGGCAGUGAUGAUAUCACAGAUGAGUCAACAUCCCUGGUGGAUGUCAGGUGGAGCACUGAUGAAGAAGAGAAAUGUUCGCAUCUCCUCCAUCAGAGCUCUGACCCACAGGGACAGUGUCUCGCGGCACCUCAAACUCCUCUGCCGACUUACAAACAGAGGCUUGAUGAAUUUAAGAAGUUGUUCAAAGAAGUGCCAGAGACAGAGAGAUUCAUAUUGGACUACCCGUGUGCCCUCCAGAGGGACAUCCUCCUUCAGGGACGCCUCUACCUCUCAGAGAACUUGCUCUGCUUCUACAGCAACGUGUUUCGGGGUACAAAGAUCACACUGUCUCUUAAAGACAUUCUCAACAUGAGCAGAGAGAAAACAGCUCGGCUGAUUCCCAACGCCAUCCAGAUCUGCACAGGCUCAGAUAAGCUCUUCUUCACUUCUUUCUCUGCAAGAGAGAAAAGUUACCAGGGUAUUUUCCGCAUGUGGCAAAACACACUGUUGGACAAGCCUAUGACCAACCCGGAGUUGUUUCAGAUGGUUAAACAGCAUUAUGGGUAUGACCUGGGGCUGAGCAAUGAAGAGAUGGAGAGCUUACAGAUAUCAACAGAAUCGAGCAUGCAGAGCGGCCUGACUGUGAGAGCUGGUGGUGAUGAUGGUCUAGGGAGGCUGGAGCGAAACCCCUCCUUUCGCCUCCCUGGGUUGGAGCAUGGGCCCUUAGAGGCCUCCACGCCCCAAGGGGAGGACUUGCCUUCCCCUCUCGGCUCACAGAGCUCUGCAAACAUGGAGGAGUCUCGUAACACCCCUACUCCGAGACGCAGUCCUGUUCCCUCGCUGGACCGCCAAGCCUCAGAACGGGUUUCCAAGCGCUCCUUGCUUUCUCUUGACCUCAACGCCAAUGAGAAUGGUGUGUCUGAGCAGAGCGGUUCAGAAAGCGUCGAGGAUGAGGAGCGAGUGGGUUCUUCGGAGGGACAUGGUCGACUUUAUCUCAACAAGGUCUUCCACAUCAGCGCUAACAGGAUGUUUGACCUGCUCUUUAACGACUCCAGCUUCAUCCGCAGGUUCAUGAACAUCAGGAAGAUCACCAACGCUAGCUUUACUGCCUGGCAAAAAGACGCCUCGGGCAACAUGAAGAGGAAUCUGAACUACACAAUAACAAUCAGCAACCCUCUGAUUGGCAAGUUCUCCACUGCUACAGAGUACCAGACGCUGUACAAAGAGUCCAGGGAUGGUCAGUAUUACCUCGUGGAAUCUGAGGUGUACACCCACGACGUUCCCUAUCACGAUUACUUCUACACUCAAAAUCGAUACUGCAUCACGCGUAACUCGAAGCGGAAGUGCCGACUAAAGGUAUUUACCGACGUGAAAUACAAGAAGCAGCCAUGGGGCCUGGUCAAAUCCUUCAUCACCAAAAACUCCUGGAGCGGCAUAGAAGAUUAUUUCAAGCAGCUGGAAGCAGAACUGCUAGAGGAGGAAGCAGAGAUGAAUCAAGGAGGUGGGGACACCGGAAAGAUUAGUGGACUUCGAAGAAGGAGGCGGACUUACAGCCGCACCAUGCCAGAGCACAUGAAGCCCAACAAGCAGUACGGGCAAGACCCUGAACAGCACAGAGAUGGCAACAUAGGCCCAAUAGAGAUGAAAGGCCCGCACAGAUGGAGCACCACAACAAUAGUGGCUGGGAUGAGUGUCAUUUUGCUGAUCCUGACGUUGAUGAAUCUGGGUCUGUUUUUAAAGUUGUGGGCCAUGGAGGACGUCGCCCACCGCAUGUACCUGAGCACAAAGCACCGGCUGAGGGAGAGGAGUGAGGCCAGCUUGGCCUCUGAGUUUAAUCCCAGGCAGGGACCGGGGUUUAGGACUGGAGAGGAUAUGCAGCUGCUAAAAACUGUACUGCAGGACUCCAUCAACCUUUUAGAACAGCUCCGUAGCUCUCUGGUGGUGUUGCAGCAGAACUUUGCUUUGGCUAAUCGCACAGCAGCACCACAGUGAUGCUCCACGUGGAGGAAACUGCAGCAGUGAAGUACCUCUGAGGAAAUCUCUGGUAUCCAGUGACGUUGCCAUGUGGACAUCCCCAGACCCCUGACAUGCAAUGUGUUGCCUGGGGUUACAUGUCCCAAAGCCUGUGGUGGGGCAUCAGAUGCCAGGAUGUUGUUGUUUUUUUUUGUUUUUUUUUAAAGCUGUGGACUGACUGCUGCGAGGACAAAUCAAAUCUGAGUCGGCCACACACGGAGCAGCAGGUUUCUAUUUCUGUAGGGUGCUGUUGUCAGCUGUCCUUUGGCUGGCUUCUUUUCUUCUUUAAUAGUGGCAUUGGAUUUCAGAAAACUCUUUCCUGAUGUGCCUUCAGACGAGCCUAAAGCCACACUAGAUGAGCUACUGUAAAUACUUUUUAGUUUUGUUUUAUUCAAGGAAGUGAAUCAAUAUUAUUUAAAACAGAUAUUUUCUUUAUUUACAUGUUUGCACACAUAAUUUUUUUUGCACAAGUGCCUUGUAGAUUAGGCCAUGUUUUACAUAUCUUUUUGGAUUUUUGUGUUUUCCAAUAAACAUUGUAGAAUCGGUAAGUCAAAUAUGAAAAUUUGAUCAUGAUAAAUCAUCUUUUUGUGUGUGCGUGCGUGCGUGUGUGUGUGCGUGUAAUCGGCAGGAAUGGCUGAAACAUGAACUGUGCAUUAAACUGUAAAUAGAAAAAUCCGGUGUCUCUUUUUCAAACCACAUACAUAUAUUUGAUAUAUUAUCUUCCAGCUCUGUCCUGGACUGAU